AUGGCGUUUCUCGCCAUUGCCACAUUGCUGCCUCUCAUGUCGAUGCCGGUCGACGGAGCAUCAGCGGUCCGAUGCGGUGAGAGCUCUUCAUACUGCCCAGCUGAUAUGGCCUGCUGCACCUCGAAGUAUUCACCCUCCACUUACGGCUGCGAGGUGGCGAUCGGAAACUUGUCGGACGUGUCGGCUGGAUGCGGCGACGGACUUCCUAAAGGUGACACGCUUUGCUGCAAGAUGGGCCCAGCAGAGUCCCCCAGCAGAAGUUUGGCCAACGUUCUAGUCAUCGGCGAUUCUGUCUCCAUUGGGUACACGGGUCCAUUGGCAAAGCGGCUGUUUGAUGUUGCAAAGGUUCAACACGGUCCGUGGGACGUCUCAGAUGGCGGUGCACUUGACACGGCGUAUGGCGUUGGAUGCUUGGACAGGUGGCUGGUGACGCAGGCUCAGGAGAUGGUCCAAUGGGACCUGAUCACCUUCAAUUUCGGGCUCCAUGAUCUUACGAAUUCCUCACACUGCGAGGGGCUCUACGCGCAGCAGCUGGCCAACAUUACCAAGCGUUUGGUAGCCCUUAACACGAAGGUCAUGUUUGUCACAACCACCCCAUUCAUGCCUUUGCGGACCAAGGGCAACACAGUUGUGGAGGAUAUGAACACCAUGGCCCAGAAGCUGGCCGCAGAGUACAAUCUUCCAGUCAUCGACCUCUACCACACAGUCACUGGCGCAUGUGGUGCCGUGUACUCCAGCUGCUCCAUUUGUCGGACCAACCCGUGCAGCUACCAUUACAACGCAGAAGGCAUGUCACUGCAGGCAGCUUCCAUGGAGGCGGCUAUACGGCAGCACUUGGGUCCUCACGCGUCGCUGUUGACGGUGUGA